GGCCCUGCAACGCUACCGUCUGGUCAGGAAAAUAGAGGAUGGAAAGGAGAAGAUGGAGUUCAGCAUGCGGAGGUGUGGCGGUGGGGAGCUCCUACACCCCCAGGACAGGGCAGAGGACGUUUUAGAGGACAAUGAUUUCAUACAGUUGGUCUUUGCAGGUGAUGAUGGCACAAAUGAUCCUUCACUGACACCAGCAGGACUAACCUCCUAUCGAGAACCCAGAGAGUAUAUUUCUCUGGAUGGAAACAGUCUCACCACAGCUGAUCUGGUCAGCCUGGGUCAGGGCUUGUUCAAAAUAAAGUUAACACCUGAGGCUGAGGGCCGAGUAAAAGCAAGCAGAGAAGUUAUUGAUGCUACAAUAAGAGAAAACAGAGUUGUAUAUGGAAUCAACACUGGUUUUGGAAAGUUUGCGCAGACUCUCAUACCAAAAGAACAACUGAUACAGCUACAGACAAACCUUGUCCGCUCUACUUGUGCUGGAGUGGGCGCCCCCUUGAGUGUUGAGAGGACACGCAUGCUGCUGGCUCUGAGAAUCAAUGUCUUGGCCAAAGGUCACAGUGGAAUCUCAUUAGAAACCCUCGACGCCAUAAUCAAGGCAUUCAAUGCAUCCUGUUUGUCCUGGGUACCAGAGAAGGGCACGGUGGGGGCGAGUGGAGACUUAGCCCCCUUGGCCCACCUCGCCCUGGGCCUGAUGGGGGAGGGCAGGAUGUGGUCACCACGGAGCGGCUGGGCUGAUGCCAAAGCGGUGCUGGAGGGUCAUGGGCUCACACCUCUCAUGCUAAAACCAAAGGAGGGAAUUGCUCUGAUCAAUGGGACUCAGCUGAUCUCGUCUCUGGGUGCAGAAGCCGUGGAGAGAGCUCUGGCCGUGGCCAAGCAGGCUGACAUUAUUGCUGCCUUGACUUUGGAGGCUCUAAGAGGGACCACAAAGGCCUUCAACAGUGCUGUCCAUGCAGUGAGACCCCACCCUGGGCAGGUGGAGGUGGCUGCCAGGCUUCGCUCUGUCUUACACUCUGACGUGUUCCCGUCCCAGAUCUCAGAGAGUCAUGAACUGUGCACACGUGUUCAGGAUGCCUACACUUUGCGCUGCAUCCCACAGGUUCAUGGAGUGGUAAAUGAUACGAUCGCUUUUGUCCAGAAGCUGAUUUGCACUGAGCUGAACAGCGCCACAGACAACCCUCUUGUAUUUGCAGAAAGUGGAGAGACUAUUUCUGGUGGGAAUUUCCAUGGAGAGUAUCCCGCCAAGGCCUUGGACUACCUGGCCAUAGGUGUGCAUGAGCUGUGUAAUAUAAGUGAGAGGAGGAUUGAGAGGCUGGUGAACCCGGCCCUCAGUGAACUGCCUGCUUUCCUCGUCCGGGACGGAGGCCUGAACUGUGGCUUCAUGAUCCCCCACUGCACUGCCGCCGCCUUGGCCUCUGAGAGUAAGGCUCUGUGCCACCCAUCGUCCAUCGACUCCUUGUCCACCAGUGCAGGGACAGAGGACCAUGUGUCAAUGGGUGGGUGGGCUGCUCGUAAAGCCCUCAGAGUAGUGGAGCACGUGGAGCAAGUGCUGGCGAUAGAACUGCUGGCAGCCUGUCAGGCUCUGGAGUUCCUCCGCCCCCUGAAGACCACCACGCCUCUGGAGAAGGUCUACGAGCUGCUGCGCUCUGUGGUCAGACCCCUCGACAGUGACCGAGUGAUGAGUCCUGACAUAGAAGCUGCUCACACACUCGUCCAGCAGCAGAAGGUGUGGACGACAGUUCAGCCGUACAUGGAAGAGUACAGGAGGAAGCUGCAAAAGUGAAUGUAUUCUGCAAAUGCAUACAACAGAU